CGGGUUCAAACUCAUCGAGAGCGACGGUUCGACUGACUGCCGGUUGUUAUCAUGUCGACCAGAACGUCAAUAUGCCGUUUAUCGAUUGUCAUCGGUUGGUUGAGGGUUCGAGUCCAUCGGACAUCGAUAACGGUUGCCGGUUGCCGUCGAUCGGCUCGAACGGCAAUGCAGUUCGUUCGUCGGCGAUGGCGGCGCGCAAUAUGAAGUCGAUGGAGAGGACGGCGGGCGCGCCAAAUAAUGUCUAUGGAGAUGACGGCGCGCAAAAUGAAGUCGAUGGAGAUGACGCCGCGCAAAAUGAAAUGGAUGGAGUUUUUCAUUGACUGAUUGUGUGUGUGUGUGUGUGAGAGAGAGAGAGAGAGAGAGAGAGAGAGAGAGAGAGAGAGAGAGAGAGAGAGAGAGAGAGAGAGACGUCGGACAGUUGUGCGAAGAGACGUCGGUCAAUUGUGCGAGGGGGCUCAUUCUGUGGAGAGUACUUGAGUUUUGUGACGUGGAGGAGACAGGCGACGGAGGGUGAGGAGCUGAAGAGUGAGCGAGUACUGUCACUGGGUAGCACUUUUCUAAAUAUAUCUGAGUGCAAAAGGGCAGGAUCUGGAUGCAUCUGGCUGCAAUGAUGUCCAGAGCGGAGGCGACAAAUUCGGCGUACUGGGAGUAUCUCCGGAGAGAGAGGGAUUGAUACCAAGAGCCGUUGGUCCACAGACGACUACUUAACGGUAGUCCGUCCAGAGGCGGCGGCGAUUACCAGAAUCGAGACUCGUGGGAGGCGUAUAUACCGAAUGAGCCAAGAAGAAAGCGCCGGAAGGAAAGCGCGGGAAGGAAAGCACCGGGAGAUCUACUGUGUUAGGUCCGAUGUGGCACGCGGCACAGGCUAACAUUGGAAGAGGAAAGCGCGGGAAGAAGGAACCGAGAAGAAAGAGCGGGAAGCAGGAACCGAGAAGAAAGCGCGGGAAGGAAAGCACCGGGAGAUCUUACUGUAUUGAUCUGAUGUGGCACGUGGCACAGUCUAGCAUUGGGGGAGGAAAGCGCGGGAAGAAGGAA